GUGACAGUGUGUGGCACUUCUGACCACCCGGAUCACUGUGCCCGUGGCAAGCAAGAAGCUGAGCUGGGGACAGAGGUACCAGGGACGGAGGGGACAAGGUGCCUGGUGGCCUCGCAGCAGCCAAGGUGAGCUGCCCUCCGGCAGGGGAUGCACCCUGAGACCCUGCCCUGUGGGAGCUGCCGGUGACGUUAAGUGGGAGAGCUGGGAAGUCAGAGCAAAGGAAUUUGCAAACACAUUCCUCAGCGCCACGAGGAUCCCACCGCGAGUAAACAGGAAUAAAGGCUGGGCUGGGGCAAACUGAGAGCUGCUUCUGGUUCCUGUGAGACCCUCCCUGGAUUCACCUGCCCCGGGCAGUGCCCGGCAUCACCAUCCCCAGAUUACUGUUCCUGACUGCAACUGAUCUGGUGGGAAGUGGCAGUGAAGGCAAAGAGGAGGGCUGCUGUGUGACUGAGGAGGGCUGCUGAGUGACUGCCAAUGUCACCAUAACAUCCCAGAGAGGCUGCAGGGAACUGACACUUUGAUCGCCCGCCCAAGAGCAUCCUGCAAGGCAGGCAGGAUGCCACUCUGAGCCCUGCCUUCCCCUGCCUGCCCCGGCCUCGCACCUGGCACCCUCAGGGCUGGCUGGAGAAGAGGGGCGUGGGGCCCUCUGGUGCUGCCCCGUGUCCCCAGGAUGCUCUCCCGCGCCAGCAGCUGCUCCCCGUGCUUCUGCUCCGCUGCCAGACCAAGAUUGAAAGCUCAGCAGGCUGCCAGCAUGUUUUAGCCUCAUGCAGGCGUCCCUCGGAGACCCCAGAGCAGUGGACAGUAAUGUGAAAACGAUACUCAUGUCGUGUCUGAAAGGGCAACAGGUCAUCAUUAAAAUGGAGGCGAUGAAAAUCAUCCACCCGGAGAAGUUUUCGGAGCUGCAGGCGUCGCAGCCACGCUACGCGCCGGCCCCGCGCCGCGAGCCGCCCCUUGUGGCCAAGCGUGCGUGGCCCUCCGAGUCCGAGAUCAUCGUCAAGGCGUGCGGGGACAUCCCCGCCUGGAUGCCACCCCGGCCCCCUGCCGCUGCCCGGACUCCCCCCCUGCCGCGGCGAGAGGCGGGUACCAGAGCCAGCGGAAGGGCAGCUCCGAGGUCUGCUAGCCGGCAGCCCCCGUCGGACGAGGUGAUCGUCAACCAGUACGUGCUGCACCCCUCGACGCCCUGCGAGCCCCUGGAGUGCCCCACCUGCGGCCACAUGUACAACUUCACCAACAAGCGGCCCCGCAUCCUCUCCUGCCUGCACUCGGUGUGCGAGGAGUGCCUGCAGAUCCUCUACGAGUCCUGCCCCAAGUACAAGUUCAUCUCCUGCCCCACCUGCAAGAGGGAGACCGUCCUCUUCACCGACUACGGGCUGGCAGCGCUGGCUGUCAACACCAGUAUCCUGAACAGACUGCCAGCCGAGGCUCUGGCUGCCAACCCCGUCCAGUGGAGCAGCGACACCGACCGCAGCUGCUACCAGACCUUCCGCCAGUACUGUGGGGCCGCCUGCACCUGCCACAUCCGGAACCCACUGUCCUCCUGCACCAUCAUGUGAGCCCUGCGCCCCUGCCCGCACCUCCUGGCACACAGUGGGUGGGAGAGCUCAGCGCAGCACCACGACUGGUCUCCAGUCCCCUCUUUGCCAGUGGCACAGCCAGGGAAAGCUCUGACACUCGUCACAGCCAAGGACAUGGGACCAGCGUCCUCACUAGCACUGUCGGGAGGUGAUGGGGAUGCUGGGACCUGGCAGCAGCCCCCAACACACCGGUGGUGCCCAGGGCGAGGGACACUGGGAUGGGGAGCACAUCUACCAGCACAUCCAGGGGCUCCAGCUCCCCCUGGCUCUGCAGUGGGUGCCCCUGCUGUGCAUCGAGCACCUCGCCGUGCUCCUUCCCCAGGCACCUCUCCCUCCUCUGUCCCCGGCUCUCCCGAGAGUGGACGCUGGGUCCCAUCUGGGGUGACACCCUCCCCAUCGCCCCACGGCCGGCAGCAGCAGCACAAGGAGCCCUGGAGGUGCACGAUGCCACACUGGGCCACCCUCCCAGCACAGGAAGCGAGGACAGGUCCCCAGCUGCCCCCUCCUCCCCCCGUCUCUGUAAGUUAUUUGCCAAAGCUUUCAUCUCAGUGGCCACGCCGCCAAGCGCCGAGUCUCAGUCGCCACGCCAAGCCGCCGCACCGGCCCCUCGGAUGCCAGCAGACACGCGGCCCGUUUCCUCCACAGGCCCUUGAGGAAAGCUCCACUUUGUCCUCGUUUUGGAGGAUUCUUGUUUUUUCCCCAUCCAUCCCCAGCUGCCCCAUCCCAGCCCAUUAUGUGUUCACAAAGGCAUUGAGCUGUGCCCGUUCUCUGCUGCUCCACCUGAGACCCACACCUAUGCCCUGUGAGAUGGCUCCUGGGGGUGGCAUGGGGUCCGGUAUCCCAAAUUGCUGGGUCCAGUGAGGGGAUUUGGCAAGGCAGGGGACUGAGGUCUGGCUCCUGCCCACAGUCCCUUCCCUGGAGCAGCAUCUCUGAUGUGACCCCUGUGCGGAGGGGCUGGCAGGGCAGCAGCCCCCUGUGCACAGUCUUGCUUUCUCCAGAGCAUCCAGAGGAGUAAGUUUGCUGCCAAAAAAGCAAAAAAAAUAAAGAAAAAGCCAUAAAUUUGUGGGUGUUCCCACGGGGCUGAGCACCAUAACCCAGCACACCAGGGGUACAUGCCAGCCAGCCCCGGAGCAUGGGGGCUGAGCGAGCUAGAGGGGUCCCAGAACCCUGCAUCCUGGAGGAAAGAGCAGCCCCUGGCACUGGCCAAAGCUCAGCAUCCACCCAGGGAGAGGGGCCAGACCAUCCCCCUGCCCGCCCCGAGGGAGCGGGCCUUGCUGCCGACACAGCCCCGGGACCACCCCCUGGUGCAGAACGGGGCCGGUACUGUCUCUGUGUUGCUCUGCCAAUGCCUCCCGCUGCUGGUUGUGACCAUGAUCAUGUUUUAUACCCGGCCUUGUUCUGACCCCCAUCAGUCUCCCCAAUAAAGAUUAUAUUGGAACGAACA